AUGUGGGAUGUUUUUGGACCUAAUAUUUCUACCGCCAGAGGAGCAGACUGGCAACGCCAACGCAAAGUCACCGGCGCACAAUUCAACGAACAAAAUAGCAGCACGUUAUGGAUCCAAGCACUAAUCCAAGCAACCGAAGUACUAGAAUACUGGAAAUCGCUACCAACACCCAUUCGUCGCGCUGGAUUUGGAAAGCCGUAUUCAUUUACAAAGGCGGCGGAAUCCCCUAAGGAGGGCCAGAUGUUUAAUUAUCGGGAUUCGUUGGCUUUGAUUUUGGAGAAUGCUUUGAUGAUCUUACUUUUUGGACCGAAAUUCCUCGGCAAUAAAUGGUUGCCGAAGAGGUUUAGUCGUUUGGGUCAAGCUUGCGUGGAUUUUAGAGAUCAUAUGGAGAAGAUGGUAAGAGAGGAGAAGGAAAUUAUACAUCAAGGAAAAUCUGGGAGUCGGAAUCUCAUUGAUUCGCUAAUCAUGGCGUCUGAUGAAAUGAUUGAGUUGACGGGAGAUAAGAGCGUGGGUGGAAGAGGAUGA